UAAAGGGGAAGAAAGCACAGAGUACUUUUUUCUUAUUAACAGCAUUUCAGUCACAAAGAAGACAACGACAUCAGUCAGGAUGGCUGAACAGGUCCUUUAUGCUUCUGUGGUCUUCUCUCAAGGGAACCAACAGCCAGAACUGGACAGCAAGAAGCCAAAAGACCAAAAUGAGGAUGUCACCUAUGCAGAGGUUAAACCUAAAAAAACACAACAAAUGGAUUCAGGCCCUCAAGCAGCUGCUCAUGCAGAGAGUGAUACCUACUGCAAUAUAGGCUGGAAAAUGACUGGAAUUGACAAGCAGUCAAGUGGAAACAAAAGUACCGAUGUAUUGGUACCUCCUACUAAAAAGAAAAAUAAAACCUUUUUAAUGUGGUUGUUGUUAACGUUCCUGUGUGCUGUCUUUCUGGCUGCCAUUGCUGCAGUUGUUGUGUUUUUUGUCCUUAGCCAUAAAUAUGAAGAAAUUCAAAAAAAACAAGAGACACUGGAAACAAACAUUUCUAAUACCAAUGAAGAGCUGAGGAAAUUACAUGAGAACUUCACAGAUCAGAAGGUUCAGCUCUUAAAACUGAACACCCAGUACAUAGAUCUGAAUCAAAGAAACAUUGCACUGCAAUCCCAAAAUAUGAACUUGAAUCAAAGUAUCAGUGACCUGCGGUUGAAAUACUCAGCAUUAGAAGGGAACAACACAGCACUGCAAUCCCAAAAUAUGAAUUUGACACAGAGCUUUAGUGACCUGCAGAUGAGGUACUCAGCAUUACAAGGGAAUCACACGGCCCUGAAUACAUCUCUUAAUAAAUACUGCUCUCUACAAGAUGUCUCAAAACCAGAAAGGCAAUGUGUCUUCUGCCCAGAGAGUUGGGUGCCAUUCAACACAAAAUGUUACUACUUCGCCAGUGAUAAAAAGACCUGGGCUGACAGUCGUGAUAAUUGCACCUCAAUGGGGGGUCACCUGGUGAUCAUAGAGAGCCAAAAGGAACAGAACUUCUUACUGAAUAAGACAGCCAGCAAAACUGACAAAUCUCACUGGAUUGGUUUAACUGACCAGAAGACAGAAAAUCAGUACCUCUGGGUGGACAACAGACUUCUGAAUGACAGCAUCAAGUUCUGGGGGCAAAGAGAUAAUGAUAAAGGAUAUGAGCCAGACCACUUUCAGGAAUCCACAAAAGAAAAAGAGCAUUGCAUACACAUAAAUACAAACACACUAUUUAACGGGUGGUAUGACGCAUGGUGUGGUGAAACCAAACAAAGGAUCUGUGAAGCAGCAGCUGCUCUUAUUCACAUCUAACAUUAAAGUGGCCAUAAAGUGCCAAACUCACAAGUCACUGGUUAUACUGGGAGUUUUUGAAUUGAUAAUCUGCAGUCAGACUGCCACCUUUGGAAUGAGAAAUGUGAUACUCUUAAUAACAGAAGGCAGCUGUACUCAACCACUAGUGGACCUUUAACAAAUGUAAAAUGAUCUUGAUGGACUUAUGAUAGCAGGAGACCCCUCAUGGCAGACUUCUACACCUAGAAAUAUCCACAAAGAGGUAAAAGGAUGCAAAAAUAUAGAGCCUUUAAUAAGCAAAAGUACUAAAUGAAGAAUACAAAGAAUAAAAUGGAAAGAAGAAAGAAAAAACCCUUCUAACUUCUUUGUGCUUUAUUUAAAACCAUUCCCUAUCUUACAUUUAUUUCAUGUUGGUCUAGAUUUUUACUUCUUAUGAAUAUCUGUAAUAAGUGUGUAUGCCAUUUAUUGUGUUAUAAUGGUAUUCCUGAAAACUUAACACCAUCGGUGGAGUUGGGGUUAAUUAGUGAUAUCCUUAAAUUAUAUUUUAUUUUAUAUUAGUAUUCAUAUUGCUUUGUUCUAGACAGGUGUACUUUUCCCAUGCCUUAGCCUGCAACUCCUGUGGAAGAAUUCUUAAAAAUGCCUAAACCUCUCACACCACCACUCUCAGCACAUCAUGAGUGUUUCCUUGGCUCUCUUUAAAUUUCUUUUAUUGUGAUUGUGGAAGACGAAUGUUCUCUUCGUUCCCUUGUACUAAUUCAUGU